AUGGCUUCCUUUCCAGACGAACCAACGCCAAAUACAGACACUCUACACGCACAUACACAGACACCUACAAAAUCACAAACCUUUAACAACACGGCCAAGCCAAAAGCACCGCGCAAGAAGCCGGCAGCUAAGAUGCCUCAGGCCAAAUCUCUCCUUUCUGAAGACCUAGGCGGAGGAUUGGCGCAAAUACUCAUGACCCAGGCCACGGACAUUGACUCGAUGAACAUCAUACAGCGUCUGCAGUUUCUGAAAGGUGAUGCCCUAUUGGGACCAAGAUUCAUCGACUUCAACCAAAGCAGCACGACCGUCGUCACGACUUCGAUCUCCUCCCGAGACAUACUUUCGCCGGCCCACCACAAUGUCUGUGAACAUCAUCAGCAAUGCAUCUCGACCUCCAUGACCGUGAGCUUCAAUGCCUCGAGUAUGAGCCUCAAUCAUAUCCCUGCAUAUCCCAAAAGAAAGAACAACGACAUCCACACUUUCACCCUCGAUGAUUUUACGGCCAUUUCGGCUUUGGGAUCACUUGUCGAGCGCUUCGGCAAAGUCUCCCACAUGGGGAUUCUAGAUCCCAGUUACCGGUUCUUCAUGACCAAAGACCGCCAAGCUGCACUGUAUUACAAGGUCAGGAACAAUGUUGCGGUCGUCGGAGGCGACCCGCUGUGUGAACCCGCCGAAUACGAUCGUCUCCUGGAGGAGUUUCGUCGUCUACGUAAACGACGCCGCUGGGGGAUGGUCUUUCUGGGCGCGACCGACGAAUUCGCGUCGUACGCGAGCAAGCAGAAAUGGGUGACGAUGCGCUUCGGCACCGAGCGAGUCCUCAACCCGCUCAACAACCCGGUCCUCCAGGAGAAGGAGCAGAAGAGGAUGAUUACGCAAAACAAACAGCUCCUCGACCCGGAAAAGGGCGGCAUUUCGGUCCACGCAUAUGCUCCAGCCCAAGGGCGUGACGAGAACCUAGAACGGGAAUUGCGACAGGUGUACGACCUGUGGCGCGAGUCUCGCAACCAAUCCGGCCAGCCACAGGCCUAUAUGACGGUCUUCGACCCAUUCGCCAUCCCCAUGCUCAUGACAUACCUGUAUACCACAGACCGCCAGGGUCAAUGCAACGGCUUCGCCGCAUUGAGAAAAAUCGGUGCAAACAAAGGCUACCAUAUUGACCCUUACUGCUCAACCCCUGCCGCACCAAAGGGAAUAACCGACCUGCUAGUCUUCUCCGCCAUGUCCCUCCUCCAACAAGCCGGAAUCGGCUACCUCUCCUUCGGCUUCGAACCGGCCACCCAACUCGACGAGGUCACCGGCCUCUCUCGCCCAACGACCGCACUCACAAAAUCCUGCUACCGUCGCGCCUUCCGCCACCUACCCAUCGGCGGGAAAAAAGCAUACCACGACAAAUUCCGCCCAGAUCCCGCAUUGGAUUCGGGACUGCACAUCAUCUAUCCCAGCGGCGCGCCGAGUCUGCAGGACGCCCUGGCGACGCUGCAUUUCGCCAACGUGGAGGUGAGGGAGCUUUUGAAGAGAGAGAUCUUGGGUGCGUGUGGCUGGAAACCCAGCCCCAAGCAGCAAGAUGCUGAACAGAAAAAGAAGAAGGGAGACAAGGGCGAAGAGAAAGAGACAAAGCAGACGACAACUCCGACGACGACGACGUAA